GCUGUAGCAAAGCUGAUGUCAGUGGAUUGCCGUUGUCACGGUGUUUCUGGGUCCUGUGCUGUGAAAACUUGUUGGAAAACGAUGUCCUCCUUUGAAAAGAUUGGCCGGUUUUUAAAGGAUAAGUAUGAAAACAGCAUACAAAUAUCAGACAGACUGAAGAAAAAGCUACGCAGGAAAGAGAAGAGCCAGCGAAAAAUGCCGAUCGGGAAGGACGACCUGCUCUACGUGAACAAGUCACCCAACUACUGCGUCGAAGACCAAAAACUGGAGAUCCCUGGGACUCAGGGGAGGGAAUGUAACCGCACCUCGGAGGGACCCGACGGCUGCAACCUCCUUUGCUGUGGGCGUGGGUACAACACCCACGUCGUCCGGCACGUGGAGAGGUGCGAGUGCAAGUUCGUCUGGUGCUGCUACGUGCGCUGCCGGCGCUGCGAGAGCAUGACCGACGUGCACACCUGCAAGUGA